AUGUCGAUAGUGGAAUGGGGUAACGACCAAGUAUUGCUAUGGUUGAGAAACAGAAACCAGCCUGAAAAUGUUCUGCGAAGUUUUAGAGAACACAACAUAACGGGGCUGACCUUGCCCAUGCUAAACUCGCAAGAUUUGAAGGAUAUGGGGAUCCCCACCCUGCGGGAUCGACUGACCAUAUUGGAAAACAUCCGUGAGUUAGUCUUUGAGAAGAAUGCGCUAGGCGAGGUAUCGUUUGAUCAUCCAUUGCUUAGUGAACUCCAAACAACUGUUAUAUCUUCGGCUUUGAUGAAAUCGGUAGCCAAGUCAAUUGUUGAUGAGACUUCACAGAAAUUGGUGGAAACGGCAGAUCCUUCAAGGAAGGAGUACCAUACCUUAUCUGUCAAGAUCAACAAGUUAAGAGAGGAGAUUUUGCCAAUUUUAAAGGAAAUGCAGGAUCACAAACCCUUACCUCCGCCUAUCCAAACGUCGUCUUCUACUUUGGAGCAACCUGUACAUACCAUAUCCAGACCGCCAUCGAGACCAAUUUCCGGACCAACCUCCGGUCCUUCCUCCAGACCAACCUCAGGCACGGCAUCACGAACUGUUUCUAGGGCUACCUCGCAGAAUGACAUUUUACAAUCGCAUCAACAUAAUCGAGUUGCUUCUCCAACCUUGAACAAAACCCCAUCAUCGCCAUCAAGGAGGCCGUCACUACACACUACUAAAUCCAAGAGAACUUCUGUCCAUGAAGAAAACGAUACAUUGAAGCAAUUACGUGCCAAAACAGAAGAUCCUUGCUAUAAAAUCUUACAGGCCGCAAUGAAGAGCCACCGUUUGGAUCGUAGUGAAUGGAGGAAAUAUGUUCUAGUCAUAUGCUACGGCGGAGAUAAGGAGCGUGUACUACGAUACGAUGAAAAACCAGUACUGGUAUUCAAAGAAUUGAGCGAGUUGGGGCUCUCCCCCUCCAUCAUGUUAAGACAAGUUGAGGAUAGUGAUGAUACAGGUAAUAUAAACUACGAAGACUAUGAAACACCAGGUGGAAGACUAUAA